AUUAGUGAAAGCAUAGCAAUAACAUUUGGACAACGAAUACCACAUAUUCAACGGCAUUUUCAUGAAAUUUAUUGUGACCCUUUUGGUGGCGGUGGCACUUGUGGUACAUCUGCAAGAAGCUAGUGCCAGAAGUAUCCAAGGCGAUCUCGGCCAGGAUUUUAACAAUUUCGGCAAUGAUGUCGGCAAGGAUGCCUCCGAUUUUGGCAAUGCUGUUGCCCAAGCAGCCUCACAGCUUGGCAGUGAUAUUGGCCAAUCCGCAAAUAGUCUAGGAAAUGAAGACAGUCCACUUGGACAGGCGGCUUCAAAGUUUGGCAUUGCAGUUGGCCAAGCAGCCUCAAAGUACGGCAUGUCAAUUGGCCAGGCGGCAGGUAAUACUGGCACCCAAAUUGGCCAAGCUGCCUCAAAGUUUGGCAUUGCAGUUGGCCAAGCAGCCACACAAGCCGCAAAUCAGCUCGGUAAUUCAAUUUUGAAAGAUCCGGCUGUAGUUGUACCUGGUGCCUCGAAUGUUAGCCAGACUGCCAGUACAGCCAAACAGAUUGGUUCCGAUGCUGCCGGUACAGCCAGCCAGAUUGGUUCCGAUGCUGCCGGUACAGCCAGCCAGAUUGGCUCCGAUGCUUCCCAAACAGCCAAGCAGAUUGGUUCUGAUGCAUCUCAGACAGCCAGCAAGAUUGGUUCCGAUGCUUCCCAAGCAGGAAAACAGAUUGGCUCCGAUGCUUCCCAAGCAGGCAAACAGAUUGGUUCCGAUGCUUCCCAUAAAGCCAGCCAGGUUGGCUCCGAUGCUGCCGGUACAGCCAGCCAGAUUGGGUCCACCGCUUCCCAUGCAGGAAAACAGAUUGGCUCCGAUGCUUCCCAUGCAGGAAAACAGAUUGGCUCGGAUGCUUCCCAAGCAGGCAAACAGAUUGGCUCGGAUGCUUCCCAAGCUGGCAAGCAGAUUGGCUCCGAUGCUUCCCAUAAAGCCAGCCAGAUUGGUUCCGAUGCUUCCCAAGCAGGCAAACAGAUUGGCUCGGAUGCUUCCCAAGCAGGCAAACAGAUUGGCUCCGAUGCUUCCCAUAAAGCCAGCCAGGUUGGCUCCGAUGCUGCCGGUACAGCCAGCCAGAUUGGGUCCACCGCAUCCCAUGCAGGAAAACAGAUAGGCUCCGAUGCUUCCCAUGCAGGAAAACAGAUUGGCUCGGAUGCUUCCCAAGCAGGCAAACAGAUUGGUUCCGAUGCUUCCCAUAAAGCCAGCCAGGUUGGCUCCGAUGCUGCCGGUACAGCCAGCCAGAUUGGGUCCGAUGCAUCCCAUGCAAAAACAGAUUGGCUCCACUGCACCGGAAAACAGAUUGGCUCCGAUGCUUCCCAUGCAGGAAAACAGAUUGGCUCGGAUGCUUCCCAAGCAGGCAAACAGAUUGGUUCCGAUGCUUCCCAAGCAGGCAAACAGAUUGGCUCCGAUGCUUCCCAAGCAGGCAAACAGAUUGGUUCCGAUGCUUCCCAUAAAGCCAGCCAGGUUGGCUCCGAUGCUGCCGGUACAGCCAGCCAGAUUGGGUCCACCGCUUCCCAUGCAGGAAAACAGAUUGGCUCGGAUGCUUCCCAAGCUGGCAAGCAGAUUGGCUCCGAUGCUUCCCAUAAAGCCAGCCAGAUUGGUUCCGAUGCUUCCCAAGCAGGCAAACAGAUUGGCUCGGAUGCUUCCCAAGCUGGCAAGCAGAUUGGCUCCGAUGCUUCCCAUAAAGCCAGCCAGAUUGGUUCCGAUGCUUCCCAAGCAGGCAAACAGAUUGGCUCGGAUGCUUCCCAAGCUGGCAAGCAGAUUGGCUCCGAUGCUUCCCAUAAAGCCAGCCAGAUUGGUUCCGAUGCUGCCGGUACAGCCAGCCAGAUUGGCUCCGAUGCUUCCCAAACAGCCAGCCAGAUUGGUUCUGAUGCAUCUCAGACAGCCAGCCAGAUUGCCGGUGCUGCUGGAAAAAUUGCCUCAGAUGCUGCCGGCGCUGCUGCAGGCAUUGCUGGAGCUGCCACAAAUGUUGCAGCGGGCGUGGCAACUGGCGCAGCCAAUGUGGCCUCCAAUGUUGCCCAUGGUCUUGCUAAUCUUUUUUAAACGAGUUCGAUAAUCAAUCAAGUUAACACUUAAAGUGUUUGGUAUGUCUACCAAAUAUGUACAUAAUUAUAAAAAUAAAACUAACCUUUCGCAUAUUCAA